CUUAAUUAUUUUCCCAUUUUGCCCUUGCUCUUUCCGUAUGCUCUGUUGAGGUCUCUUCUCCGGUAACUCUCCUCAACCUGAACCUCUGUCACCACCUUCCUUCUUCCUCGUUUCUCCUCCCAGUCUUAAUCUGAAUAAACAAGAGAAGCGUUUCUAGAGUAACGCAAGAGCGAAGACUUGCGAGUUUGAAAAUUUGUUCUAUGGUUUCCAUGAUUCAGAGUUAAGAGGAAACAGAAUAUGGAGGAUCGGAUGGUAACACUUAUGUGUCGUUGGAAUGGGAAGAUUACAACUGCAUCACUGGGUUUGGAUUAUGAAGGUGGUAAGCUGAAGGGAAUCAGGGUCAAUCAUAGUAUUAGUCAUUCAGAGUUGUUGGAUAAAAUGUAUGAGAUAACUGGCUAUAACAGGAAGCAGUUUGAUAUCAAGAUUACAUGUAGAUAUCCAGUGUCUAGGGGAUACAUAGCCUACCUGAUAGAUGACAAGGAUUCCACUGAAAUAAUGCUUGAAUUGGGACGACAUCCUGAUGUACAUGCUGUGGAGUUGUACUUGGUAAAUGAAACUUUACACAUUGAGAGUGGAAGGGAUGAUCCAGUACUUGUCCAGAGUGGUCCAGACUAUGAGGGGAGAGAGGAGUCUCCCCACAUCAAUGUUGGAAGUGAGAAGGAUGGGACUGGGGAUCCUGUUCAGGAACUAAAUGAAGCAGAAGGCAAUGCCUGGGUGUCAGAAGCUAAUGCCAACAACAAUAUUGCAGAAGUUGAACGGGAACCUAUUGAUGAGUUCACAAAUGUGAGCUGGGUGAACGAUGCGGUUGCCAGUAACCAUGUACCAGGAGUUCUAGUUGUUCCAGAGAAUGUAAAAGAUGUGCUACAUGUUGGCCAAAUAUUUCAAACAAAACAACAAUUACAGCAUGCUGUGAAAGAAUAUGCUAUCAGGACACAUCAGCAGUACAAUGUCCUAGAGUCAACCCCAUCGUUGCUGGCUCUGAAGUGUAAAAAUAAAGGUUGUCUGUGGAGGCUUCGUGCAUCUUUGAAGAAGAAUUCCUCCUCUUCAUGUUUUGCCAUUACAAGAUAUGCAGGGCCACACACUUGUGUCAAGCCCAGCAUUAUCCAGGACCAUGCGCAGUUAGAUGCUGAAUUCAUUUGUAGUAAAAUACUGGGGCUGGUCAAAGCACAAUUAUCAAUCACACCAGCGGAAAUUCAGGCACAUAUGGCAAAUACCUAUGACUAUAAUAUUUCAUAUAUGAAG